AUACAAUCCUAUAUAACUUUCCUGCUCUCAUAUUAACUUAUACACCCGUAGUCCGUCGCCGUGUGAGAUUUUGACUGGGACUUGUCAUUGUCAACCGGUGCUGAGAUCGUGCUCGUAUAUUUAUCCGUGUUAUUUCCUAAAACAACCGAUAAAAUGAGUCUGGAAAUUGAAUCUAUGGUGCGCUACGCGUCGCCCAUCAACCCGGCGGUGUUUCCCCACCUCACGCUGCUUCUGCUGUCUAUCGGCAUCUUCUUCACGGCGUGGUUCUUCGUCUACGAGGUGACCAGCACGAAGCGCUCCCGAGACCUGUUCAAGGAGCUCCUACUGUCACUAGUCGCCGCAGUGUUCUCAGGAUUCGGCAUCCUGUUCCUACUUCUAUGGGUAGGAAUUUAUGUUUAAUUACUAGGUUUAGAUUAAGUUCCCGUAAAUACCAUUCCUGGCGCGAUGUGUAAUAGUUGGCUUUGCUGACCAAACUGUUUAUUAUAUUUAUGUAUUGUAAGGUUAUUAAAAUUUCAUACUAAACAA